UUCAUGAAAAUCAUGAAGAUCUUGUUGGUUUUGCUGUCACUCGCAGCUGGGAUCACUACUCUUCUUGCGGAAGCUGACGGCCUGCGCCUUGAUUUCUACGAACAGAGUUGUCCAAAUGCAGAAAAAAUCGUCAUGUCCCAAGUCCAGAAUAUCCUCGCUCAGCCUCAGUUCCAGAACGCCCCAGCCCAGCUUCUUCGCCUGCUUUUCCACGAUUGUUUCAUUGAGGGAUGUGAUGCAUCUGUCCUGUUAACAGACACCAAUGGAACUUCAGUCGUUGAAAGACAAGCAAUACCAAACCGGACAUUGAAAGGCUUUGAGUUCAUUGAUAUGAUAAAGGAGGAGCUGGAGAAGGAAUGUCCUGGGGUGGUAUCAUGUUCAGACAUAAUGGUCUUGGCAACUAGAAAUUGUAUUCUUUUGUCUGGUGGGCCAUAUUAUCCAGUAUACACUGGCAGAAGAGACAAUAAUCAGUCCUUCUUCAGUGAAGCCUUAUCUGACAUCCCAAGACCGAACGGAAAAAUCUUUGAAGCACUCCACUUGUUCUCCCUCAGAGGCUUCAACACAAGGGAAACUGUUGCGCUACUUGGGGCGCAUAAUAUUGGUAGAAUCAGUUGUCAAUUCAUUCUACCAAGGCUUGGCACCAACUUCUUGGAUGAAGGGUCAGCUGAUUCAACUCUUCGUGAUGGCUUCAUCAAGGAAAUAAAACUGAAGUGCCAAAAGAGUAAUAGCAGUUUCAGCAAUACUGAAUCUUUGGUGAGUUCACUGGGUGUGACUGAGGCUAACUGGUCAAUGUCUUACUUUGAAGAAGAAUUCUCAUCUUCAUCAUCUCAAUCUGCCUUUGGCACUCAUUACUAUCAGAAAUUGAUGAUAGGAAGAGGUCUUCUCUUUGCUGAUCAGCAGUUGAUGGCCAAUGAGGAGACAGCACGAAUAGUAGAGGAAUAUACUUUAGAUGAUGGAACAGUAUUUCGAAGAGAUUUUGCUCGUGCCAUGGUCAAAAUGUCCAACCUUGUCUCACUAACUGGUUCACAGGGACAGGUUCGGCUCAAUUGCUCCGUUGCACUAAAGUCAUCUUGAUUCAACCUCUCAGAAUAAUCCCUCUCACUCCAACAGUUUGGACAAACUGUACAUCCUUUUAUCUUUUACAGCACAUGUUUCCAAUCUGAAGCUUCAGCUUCAUGACGACUGAGGAGUGCACUUGUACCUUUUGUUUUACGUAAAAAAGAAGUCUGCUGUUGCAUGAGGCAUCUUGAUACUUCAUUUUUAGAGGCACAUUUACACAAUUAAAGAAAGUGCUGAUGAAGAUAUUCAACUUUUGGCUUUUGUUCUUGAAACAUUUGCUUUAAGAUCUCUGGCCAUAACCAUGUAGGCUAUGAUCUUCCUGAUUUGCCGUACAUUCUUUGAUGCAGUUCUAUGUAGAAGUACAGUGUGCACUGUAUGAUCUCUCAGGAUUCUGGUCUUAUACGUGUACACA